AAUACGGCGGUGAAGGGAGGUGGGGAGUGACCAGGGUUCACAGAGGAGGAGGGGACACAGAACUCUCAAGGACUGCCAAAGUGCGGGUGGAGCCUGGGAGCCAGCGAGUGCUGCCCUCCCUACAGGAAAGAAGCCAGAGCCCUUCCCAGAGCCCUGAGGACCACUCGCUCGCCGAGGCCCUGAGGACCCAUCGACCAUGGUGCGGCUGCUGCUGCUGCUGCUGCUGCUGCCGCUGCUUCACGUCUGGGCGACCACGCCGGAGCCCUGCGCGGUGGACGACGACGAUUUCCGCUGCGCCUGCAACUUCACGGCCCCGGAGCCCGAGUGGUCCAGCGCCUACCAGUGUAUGAGCGCCGUGGAGGUGGAGAUCCGCGGCGGCGGCCGCAGCCUGAAGCAGUUCGUCAAGUUCGCCAACACCGACCCGAGGCAGUACGCGGACGUGGUCCGGGCUCUGCGUCUGCGGCGGCUCACGGUGGGCGAUGCCCAGGUGCCCGCUCUGCUUCUCUUCGCCCUCCUGCGUGGGCUCGGCUCCUCCCGCCUCAACCAUCUGACCCUCGAGGACUUGGAAGUGAUCGGCUCGACGCCGCCGCCGCCUCCGGAGGCCACCGGCCCUGCGCUCUCCACCCUCCGUCUCCGGAACGUGUCCUGGGCGGCGGGGGGCGCCUGGCUGGCCCAGCUGCAGCUGUGGCUCAAGCCGGGCCUCACAGCGCUGACCAUUGCGCAGGCACACUCGCUCGCCUUUCCCUGCGCUGACCUCCGCGCCUUCCCCUCCCUCACCUCCCUGGACCUGUCCGACAACCCCGGGCUGGACGAGCGCGGGCUGGCCGCGGCGCUGUGUCGGGACAAGUUCCCGGCCCUCCGGGAGCUCGCGCUCCGCAGCACCGGCGUGCAGACCCCCGGCGGCGUGUGCGCGGCGCUGGCGGCGGCGGCGGUGCGGCCGCAGCACCUGGACCUCAGCCACAACGCGCUGCGCGCCGCCGCCGCGCCCGGCGCGCCCCCGUGCGUCUGGCCCAGCGCGCUGAGCUCUCUCAACCUGUCCUCCGCGGGCCUGGAGCAGGUGCCCGCAGGACUGCCGGCCCAGCUCAGCGCGCUGGACCUCAGCAACAACCAGCUGAACAGAGAGCCGCGGCCGGAUGAGCUGCCCAAGGUGAGGGAACUGGCACUGGCCGGGAAUCCCUUUCAGGACCCGAAGAACUCUGGUGUGGUCUCAGCCUGCGAGCGUCUGAUCCAGGCCCUGGGGCUGUCAGGAACUCUGGUGCUGCUGCAAGCGGCCAGGUCCUUGGCCUAAGGCUCAGGAGAAAAGAAGGGAUUGGCUCAGAAUGCCCUGGUUCCGGACGGGACCUCUCAACCAACCACCUCUCUGCCCCCCUAUUCAUUAAAAUCUUAAACAACG